AGUACAUGAAAAAUCAGUGAACUGUGUCGACGCUAUUUCUUCUAGUAUCCAAGCAAAUGUGAGUGACGCGAACCGAAUUCAGCCACAUCGAUGAUAGGCAACGUGUACGUUUUGUGGGUCUGCAAGUCAUACGAGCAGUGAAACCCGACUCUAAAUUUCGGAGGUAAGUCGACGUGCGUUGCACGUCAAUCAAUCAGUAGGUGUGACUAUGGCCAGAUGACAACAUGCCAUGCAGAAAAAGAGGCCUUCUAUCAGAGAGUUCUCAACCUACCAAGUUACCACCACCAGUCUGCCUACACUUGCAAGUUGUCACCAUCGUCUGCCAGCAUCAUUAGUGUACAAGAUUUUAUUGAUGAUUUGUUGGUGACUGAGAUGCUUGGAAAUAUUGAAUGUGAAUUGGCAAGCAACUAAGCUUACAUACAUCAGUGAAACCAGGGGAAUAUAUCACUCAUCAGCAAUCAGUUUCUAUAGAUACAGUUCAAAGCUUCUAAAUAGUUGCCAUUUAUCUAACAGAAACUGAGCUUGUGCUCAAGAUUGUGUCUCAGUAGUAGUCUUCCAUAUCUGAAUGUGUUGCAAUGUUGGGAAUGCCCGUCAUUUGGCAUGAUCUGACUGAGGGUGGGAGACACAGGUUGUCACCAUCAUUAGCUAGAUAGUGAUGCCAUCAUCAUUAUUAGUUUGAUAGUGAUGGCCACCAUCAGUCCACUGUGGCCUAGCAAUGAUGCAGCCCUGACCUCCAACAGGAAGGACGAUGUUGUGCUGCUUACCAUUGGAGGCGCUCAAGAGUCAUGCCCCAUCAGUUCACAGCAAAUGGUGAUGAACAGGAAGGAUUCCACUAGAGAGUCCUUUCCAACAAUAAGCAGAUCUAGAGCAGAAAAGUUCCAUAAGCUGUUUAAGUUUGUCUCCGAUAACGAGGAUCCCAUUGACUAUUUCUCAUGUGCCUUUCUUGGAGACAUCCUACUGCAGGGCAAUCUAUAUGUGUCACAAAACUGGUUCUGUUUUUACUCCAGGAUCAGGGGCAGGGGCAGGCUGCUCGAGCUUCCCAUGGAGAAAGUCAUCAGUAUAACUCGUGAAAAGACUGCCCUUAUCAUCCCUAAUGCCAUUGGUUUGCAGACUGCUCAGGAAAAGUAUGUAUUUGGCUCCUUCAUCUCAAGAGACAACACCUACAAGUUUCUAUACAGUCUCUGGAAAAGGACACAACAUCAGAAUGACAUGCUGGUUCAUAUCAGAAAUGAUUCUAAUACCUCAAAUGAAAUAUCUUUCACGUUAUCCCUUGACCAAACCGUACCAGAUGAUCCUGACAGGAAGUAUGAGCUGAAGACAAGUAAAUCAUUUACGACCCCUAAUACAGACAUUCAUAAUAACAAUGUUAUCACUGUUGCAGACAGCUAUUCUAAAUCUGGUCACCACAAGCUAAACUCUUGUGAGUCUGACUCGAGUGUGUGUCCUGAAUGUGGUGUAAUUGACAACAGUGAUGGCAACGGUAAUAAAGACAUCCCCACAGAAACUGAUCAUACAGUGCAGUGCUCUGCAUUUGUUCAUUCUGAGGUCAGAGAGAUGAGGGAAGAUGUGGUUGAAGGUUGGAAAUUCAGCAUUCCAUAUUUUAUUCAGUGUUUUGAUUGUCGUAAAAUGUAUGCAGCAUUUUUUCAGCUGGCUGUGAAAUUUCAGAAAGUUCCUCGCACUAACCUGCUGCUGGCAAUAUGUUCUGUGAUGGUACUUUUCUUGUUGCUGUCAGCGAUGGGUCUGACAUACAAAAUCCUCCUCCUCCAGGCCAAACUAGAAGCCAAAGAUAUUUGGCCGCCAGUCUCUCAUACAUCGUGGAGGUAACAAUACUUGCUAUGGCUUGUCGUUUGUAAUUAAAUGUCAAGUGUCACAUAAAUUGAGAGAAUUUCUUACAUUCAUUGGAUUAUACAGAAAUACAGGAAAUCACAUAUUUAGCUCACCUGGCCCGAAGGGCAUGCUUAAGCAUGCCUUAUGGCAUGGUGCGGCGUCCAGCGUCCAGCGU